AUGUUGCUGUAUUUCCCCAUGAUUUGUCCGGUGCUGCUGCUUGAAGCGGCUUUGUGUCCAGAAGACUCGUCAUUCUGGACGAGGAGCCUUGCGCCGGGCAUGACGCGCCGGGAUGCGCGCGAUGGAAGGGAGGCAGUCUACAUGCUGCGCCGCGGGCUUGCCACGCUGCACCUGACGCCUCGGCGGCCUCGGCGCCAGCAUGCGAUUCGCCUCUGGAGCGCCGAGUCGCCCUGUGGCCUUCCUGGAGUUAAUGCACAUGGCGCGGUUUCAACAACGACAACUGUAACCCUCGCACGGGUGCUUGGCGAUCUCACAAGGUCUUGGCGCAACCAUGUGUGCCGCCUCCGCUGCCAAUCCCU